AUGCCAUGGUGUUAUCCCGACACUUGCCUAGCGAUCUGUGCAGGCAGGAAUGACCACUGUCAGAUCUUGCUCACGGAAGCCGCUCUCAGAUCUUUGAGGUUUCCAGCCUUGUUGUCCGUUCUCAAAAUUCGGGAGAGUGAAGAGUCCAUCGAAAGCUUGAAAGUAGUACUAGUAGUACAGGGAGUAACAGAGAAAUUCCUCUCAUCUCCAGCCCCUCCACAGUCACCAGGCCUAUCUGAGUCUGUAAAAAAGAAUGUCCUCGAAGUUCAAGUCAGCAUUAGAACUGACUGGCGCAGGCAUGUGAAGGUUUUCUUGAAGGCUGUAGUGCGUCAUCCAGGUUCGGGUUCAGCUGAAGUUAUUGUGGGGAAAGGCAACUAUAUUCCUGCCGCGCUGAUCACCCACACCGCUACUCCCAUCACCACCGAUCCAGAACCAUCGUCGUCUACACUACCUGCACCCGCUACCCAAGUUGUUGCGUCCCUACCAAGUCUCAUACCGUCAUCCACCAGCAUUAACACUGUCACUGCAUCCCCGUAUCCUGCUGCAGAACUGUCGUCCGUUCAAAGUUCCAUGCAGCCAUUGACCACUAUUGAGAUCGAUACUGCGCUGCCCCCAUAUUCGUCCAUUCCCAUGCAGCUGUCCACCAGCAAUGAGUCUGACACUGCGCCACCCCCAUAUUCUGCCACUCAAAAUGUCGCAUCUCAGUUACUCAUUCUGAAUCCCGCACCGGUGUUCACAGCCACCAACUCUGUACCGUCGACGCAUCCUGCUGCUCAGGGCAUCACGGCUCAGUCAUUCAUUCCGACUAAUGUUCCCAUCAACAUCCGCCGCCGUGGCACAUAUUUCCCUCCCGGCUCGGUGCCCCAAUUUUGA